UCAUCACCAAUAUUUUUUAUAAUCCAUUUGGCGAAUUCUCCACCACCUCUUGGCAAACAUGUAGAAUCGUCUGCAUCCGACGGAAACCGAAAAAGAGACGCGUUCUACGUAAAAAAACAGAAACCGACAACCCUGCUCCCCGAACGAAAACGGAAGCAACAACAACCUGAGUUCAUCAGUCACGAUUUCGGUAUCACGGGGGAAAGGUGAAACGGGAGACGACAGGCCGAUUGAAUUUUCACGAUAUUCAGUAGCAACGCCAUGGAUUCUUCGAUUCUGUGGUGUGGUGAAAUGGUUUCUUCUGUUUCUCAAGAAGAUCCUGUACUGAAUGGUGAUCCUCGAGUUCUUCAGCAGUUAAUUAAAGUGGAGAGAAUAAAUGGGAAGAAUUUUAGACACAUCAAUACGCGGUGUUAUUUUAAAGAAGCUCAAGAGGAGGUUCAGCCGUUCAUGAGGAGGACGCUCACGAAGUGGAUGAUGGAGGUUUGUGAGGAACAAGGGACUGAAGACAUCAUCUUUCCUCUGGCUGUAUCUUAUGUGGAUAGAUUCCUUUCCUGUGUCAGGAUACGUAAGACACAACUCCAACUUCUAGGCGCUGUGUGCCUCCUAAUAGCAUCCAAAUUACGUCAGUGUAGAUCCCUGACAGUGGAUGCUCUCAUAUACUACACAGACUACUCGGUUACAACAAGAGAUAUUACAACAUGGGAGUUGUUGGUUUUAAGUAGCCUGAAAUGGGACAUGGCAUCUGUGAUCGCAAGUGAUUUCGUCGAUCCCUUAUUGAGUAGGCUGAAUGUUGAAAGGGAGGACGUUAUUCGGAGGCAUACGCAUACCUUCAUUGCCUUAUGCGCAACAGAGUACAAAUUCACUUCCUACUCAGCAUCUCUGUUAGCUUCAGCUUGUCUUGCAGUAGCUAUCAAUGGAAUAACUUGGUUACGAAAGCCUUGGGGAUCACUAUCUGCACUAUUAGAAAGUUUAACAGAGCUAAUGGAUAUAAAUAUUAAAUACUUACAAGCAUGUAUAACAGAUGUUGAAGAUUUGAUAACCACUAAUAUUGCACAGCUGAAACAAGUCAUGACAAAAAAUAUGGCAGCAAGCAAUAAGAUGAACUGUUCAAUGGCAGCAAAUGGAGUUCAAAAUCAACUAGAAGCACCCACCGAUGUGCAAGAUGUAAUAUUUUAAAAGAAAGGAGAAAGAAAAAAUCAUCUAUAUUUGUUUUCUAUUUCAAAUUCUACUUUUAAUGAAAUCAGUUUUAUAUAGUUACGUUUUAUUCAUAUUACAGAUUGCUGACAAUUGGGACUUUAUUAUUUUAAGCAAUGAAAAAUAUAAUUUUAUUACUGUGUCAAUUUUUUUCCUACUAUCAUAGUUUAUCAAUUCAUUUCUAAUACAAAUGAAUUUAUAAGUGAGACAAAGAUUUUUAAAAGAUAUUUAAUUUAAAUACUUGAAAUAAUUGACAUUAUUUAACAAAACAAAAUCAUGUAAUCUGUAGAUGAAGAGAAUGUAACUGAAUAUAAAUUUUUUUGACACCAAAGUUCAUGUUUAUUGUUGACCUAGAUCUUUCACAUUGUCAAUGAAUGUUAAUUUAUUAUUAUUUUACAAUUAUCACACUAACUAUUUGUGUUGCAUUUGCUUUUGUCUUUUAUAUUUUUAUUUUGAAUAUUUCUAGUCCUUUUUUUUUUCAGUUUGCAUCAUUUCAUUUAUUUAUUAGUUCGAGAUUAUUUAUAUGAAUUAUAAUGCAUUUUUAUAUUUGUAAUGAUAUGAAACACUCUGCAUUCCACAUA